AUGUCUGACAACGUUGUCUUCCGCCAAGUCGACAUCCGCUACCUCACGACUCCAAGAGAGUCUCUUUACAAUGCUGGACCCGACUGGCAAGUGCAGCUCGUCCACUCCUGUAUCGUUGAGAACCUCCCCAACCCCCUCCUCGGCCAAUGCGGCACUCUCCCCUCCCUCUUCUACAUGCCCUGGGAGGCGGACCUUCGCUAUAGGACCAAGGACUGCGCGAUUGGUGUACACGACGAAUGUCAUCUCUGGUAAGUGGCUUUACUUAAUCGUAUCUACUAUUGUGAGUCCAGACAGAGUCUAACUGCGAAUAGGCAUGUUCACUCCGCAGCCCUCCACCACUAUCCGUAUCUCUGGCCAUUAAUUCGAGAUCCGGAGUACAAGGUCUUUCGCUUGUGGCUUUAUCGGGUGGAGCCUGAGGAGGAUAUGGGCGAGGAACCAGAUGACGGGUUGGAGAUUUGGGGGGAGGCGAGCGUUUGGGGGGAGGAGAGCGCGGAUGAGGAGGACGAGGCUGAGGAAGAAGAAGUUGUCGGGCAUGUGGUGCCAAUGAAUAUAUGGGAGGACGAGGACGAGGCUGAGGAAGAGAAAGAGGAAGAGGAGAAUGUCGAGUAUGUGGAGCCCAUGGAGACAUGUGAGGCUGAAUAG